AUGGCUAAGGGCAACAAGUACUCCGUCAUCCUCCCGACGUACAAUGAGCGGAAGAACCUCCCUAUCAUAUGCUGGCUCCUGGAGCGGACAUUUCGCGAGAAUAACCUGGACUGGGAAGUAAUCAUCGUUGACGACGGCUCCCCCGACGGCACGCUCGAGAUCGCCAAACAGCUCCAGAAGGUCUGGGGCGCCGACCACAUCGUCCUGAAGCCACGCGCAGGCAAACUCGGCCUUGGAACCGCCUACGUGCAUGGCCUGCAAUUCGUGACCGGAAACUACGUGAUUAUCAUGGACGCCGACUUUAGCCACCACCCCAAGUUCAUCCCGGAGAUGGUGCGCAUCCAAAAGGAGACCGACGCCGACAUCGUCACGGGCACGCGCUAUGCUAGCCGCGAGAACAUCCAAGGUGGUGUGUACGGGUGGGAUCUGUUCCGCAAGUUCACGUCGCGCACGGCAAAUUUGAUUGCUGAUGUCAUGCUCAUGCCCGGCGUUAGCGACUUGACGGGGAGCUUCCGGUUGUACAAGAAGAGUGUGCUGGAAAAGGUCAUUUCUAGUACGCAGAGCAAGGGCUACAGUUUCCAGAUGGAGAUGAUGGUCAGGGCUAAGGCGAUGGGGUACAAGGUUGCAGAGUGUCCGAUUACGUUUGUGGACCGGCUGUAUGGAGAGAGUAAGCUCGGAGGCAGUGAGAUCGUGGAGUAUCUCAAGGGCGUCUUUAACCUCUGGCUCAAGGUUUGA